GUGUGUUGUUAUGCUUUCGGCUGUCGUGGCGUGUGGACGUGUCCAGUCGAGCUCCAGCUUCCAUUGCAAUUACAAACUAUUUGCACACUUAUCACUCAUCACUGAUACAUUUUGGGCACUUCUGGUCAAAGAACACUCAAAUGCCUACGCAAAUCCAGUAAGAUGCCACUUUCAAGGUCACCACCACCCACCGGGAGGACGCGCCGGACAGUUUCAAAAUCCGAUUCUACACGCAUUUCGACGAAUGUGGAAAAUCUUCCAGCGUCACUUUCGCCUCAAACUCGUGAGGAUGGCGUUGUGGGCGUCCCCGUGGACAAUGGGAAGAAUGUGAACGCGUUGGCAAAGACCAAGAAAACCAGUACCAUCAAGAUCAAGAUGCUGGUUUCCAAGAGCAUUGGGAGAGGUUGGCAGCUCGCUGAGCUUCUUGUAAAAAAGCAGCUGAGGUCUGCCAUAUCUGUGGCCUGCAAGUCGACCACAGCAGCCAUCAUUGAGAGGGAGAUGAAGUAUGGAGCACACAACUAUCACCCAUUGCCUGUGGCCAUAGAGAAGGGAAAAGGCGUGUUCCUCUGGGACGUGGAGGGCCGCCGCUACUACGACUUCCUCUCGGCCUACUCCGCCGUGAACCAGGGCCACUGCCACCCGCGGAUCAUUGGCGCGCUCGUGGAUCAGGCUCGGCACCUGACGCUGACCUCGCGGGCCUUCCACAACACGGCGCUGGGCGAGUUUGAACAGUUCGCCUGCGAGCUGUUUGGAUACGACAAACUGCUGCCCAUGAACACUGGCGUGGAAGGCGGCGAGACUGCCAACAAGCUAGCCAGAAAGUGGGGCUACAUGCGGAAAGGCAUCCCCGACAACCAGGCUAAGAUUGUGUUCUGCGAGAACAACUUCUGGGGCCGCACGCUGAGCGCUGUCUCGUCGUCCACCGAUCCGACGGCGUUCACCGGCUUCGGGCCGUUCAUGCCCGGAUACGAGAUCAUACCGUAUAACAACCUGGAGGCUCUCGAGACCAAGUGCCGUGACCCGCACGUGGCCGCCUUCAUGGUGGAGCCGAUCCAGGGCGAGGCCGGGGUGAUGGUGCCUGACGCGGGCUACCUGCGCGGCGUGCGGGACAUCUGCAGCCGGCACAAUGUGCUGUUCAUCGCUGACGAGGUGCAGACCGGCCUGGCUCGCACCGGCCGCCGGCUGGCCUGCGACCAUGAGGAUGUGAAGCCCGAUAUUCUGAUCCUGGGGAAGGCGUUGUCCGGAGGGGUGCUGCCGGUGUCUGCGUGUCUGGCGGACGACGACGUCAUGCUGUGCCUCCGUCCCGGCGAGCACGGCUCCACGUUCGGCGGUAACCCUCUGGCGUGCCGGGUGGCCAUGGCCGCUCUGCAGGUGAUGGAAGACGAGCGGCUGGCCGAGCGUGCCGACCGGCUCGGCCGCCUCCUGCGCGCCGAGCUGGCCAAACUGCCUGAGGAUAGGGUGUCGGCAGUGAGGGGGAAGGGACUGCUCAACGCUGUGGUCGUAUCGGAUAAGCUGGACGCCUGGGAGGUGUGUGUGCGUCUCUCCGAGAACGGUCUGUUGGCCAAGCCGACCCACGGCGACAUUGUCCGGCUGGCACCGCCCCUAGUCAUCACCGAGGAACAGCUGAUGGAGUGUGUCGACAUCAUCAGGGACACCAUCCUGUCAAUGUGAACGGACUGAGUUAGAAGGAGGUUAGCGACAGGUGACUUUAUGGGACAGGUCGACCGUCAGGUCAAUUUGAGGUCAGCCGUCACGUCAAGCCAGCCGUGAGGUCUGGACAGGUCAGCUGCAAGGUCAUAUCAGGUCAGCGGUGACCUCACGAAGAUAGGCCAUUGUGAGGUCAUUGUUGGGUCAGCCAUCAGGUCAAGACAGCUGUGAGGUCAAGCCAGUCGCGAGGUCACGUCAGGUCAGCGCCGUGUCAUCUUCAGGUCACCGUCGAGUCUCCUCCUGACUUCAUCUCCAGGACUGCCAGGUCAGCAAUAAUCUGUAGAAUUGACUGCUUAGCUGUCAGAGGCGCCUCUUCGCUCUAAUCUGUGCCUUUUACGGUUGUGCAUAUGACGAUGCCUCGCACAGUUUCCAGGUUGUGCUUGCUCUUGCUUCUGCUUGCUCCUUUCUCUGUAGGCAGAUGUAGUUAAGUUGCGUGAUCUAUCCAAGGGUGUUUCUAUAUGGGUGUAGUUAUUUGUUGGGAGUCUCGUGUUUGGGAAUACAUCUUAGCCCUUACUCUGACUGAGCAGCUUGCAAAUUUAGUUGAUACCUAAUUAUGUAGCCAAAUUUAUCGAAACUUCAGGUUGUUUUGUGCCCCUGGUAAAUCUCUUAAUCAAAGAGAGUAAUAUUACUAUUUUGGACAAUAUUCUACAGCUAAGCCAACUAAACUUCAUCUUGAAUUUUGUUUCUUCCGUGUACACACAGUGUUCCAUUGAUGAACACAGUUCCAAAAUGAACACAAUGUUCAACUGUAUUGAUCUUAGCUUUAAAUAUUGUUGCCAGUAUCAGCUGAACAAAACACGGAGUAUUUGUAACUAUGAUCAAUCUUGAUUGUCACUAACGCAAUAUGUCAGUUCAUUACUUUUAUGCUUAAUAGGUGCUUGAUUACUACAUCACGCUGGGAGCUCACAUCAUAGCAAUAUUUUUAGGCGAAAGUUUCCCCCGGCUGGACCUUGCUUUUUGUUUUAAUUAUAUUUACUUGUUUGCAAGUAUAUCGUUUAAAUGAGCGACCGAAGAACAAAUUUCCGUCCACUACAUUUUAAAUACUGAAUGGCAACUGAAACAGUGUUGUGAUCUUCGGCUGUAAUAUCAGUUUCAUACCUUGAAUAUCGUGCUCAUGACGUUGAUAUAUUAUAAGAAGGGGAGAUAUCGACAUAAAAAUACUUUGUACGGGUCAUAUCAAUGUUCUGCCCAUGUUUAUAUACUUGCACUGUGAGUGAUAACUUUCAUAUUAUAACGUCGAAUUGUCCAAUGGUGCGGUAAAUAUGUUGGCCGUGUCUUCCACCGUCUAUGUAUACCAAUGGUACCUAUGUGAGACAAUACAAACCGCCAUUCCUA